UCUGUUUCACUAUCGAAAAGCAGUAGAAUCAUACAUUAAAUGCUGAAUACGGAGGAUAUAACGGCUGAAGCCGAAUUCGAGGAGGACGAAGAGCCGGUUUUCAGUGAUCCGGAGGAUUUUGAAGAUGACAUCGAUGACGAGGCGCUUCUGGACGAUGUCCUCAGGGAGAGGCCACAGGAAACUGAUGGUAUUGACUCUGUGGUGGUGGUGGACAAUGUCCCUCAGGUCGGACCAGAACGUCUGGAGAAACUGAAAAAUGUUAUCCAUAAGAUUUUUUCAAAAUUUGGUAAAAUUACCAACGAGUUCUACCCUGAAGCUGAAGGAAUGACAAAGGGGUAUAUCUUUCUCGAGUAUGCCUCACCCAAUCAUGCCAUCGAAGCUGCGAAAAAUGCUGAUGGUUAUAAGCUGGACAAGCAACACACCUUUCGAGUAAAUGUCUUCACUGACUUUGACAAGUACAUGACUGUCAGUGAUGAGUGGGAAACGCCAGAGAAACAGCCAUUCAAAGACUUUGGAAACCUGCGGCACUGGAUGGAGGACCCGGACUGUCGUGAUCAGUACAGUUUGAUUUAUGAAUCUGGAGAAAGAACAGGAAUAUAUGCCAAUGAUGUCAAGGAGGCAAUUAUAAUUGAGGAAAGAGCUCGGUGGACUGAGACAUAUGUGCGCUGGUCUCCAAAAGGUACGUAUCUGGCCACGUUCCAUCAGAGGGGCAUCGCGCUCUGGGGUGGAGAGAAGUUCAAACAGAUCCAGCGGUUCAAUCACCAGGAGGUCAAGCUCAUUGACUUCUCACCUUGUGAAAGAUACAUGGUCACAUUCAGCCCUCUGCUGGACACAAAGGAUGAUCCUCAGGCCAUUAUAAUCUGGGAUGUUCUGACUGGACAGAAGAAGAGAGGGUUCCACUGUGAGAGCUCUGCUCACUGGCCAAUCUUCAAAUGGAGUAGUGAUGGAAAGUUCUUUGCUAGAAUGACUCAGGACACACUCAGUAUCUAUGAAACACCAUCUAUGGGACUCUUGGACAAGAAGAGUUUGAAAAUCACUGGGAUAAAGGAUUUCUCCUGGUCUCCAGGUGACAACAUCAUUGCAUUUUGGGUCCCGGAGGAUAAAGAUAUACCAGCAAGGGUGACUCUCAUGCAGCUUCCAUCCAGGCAAGAGAUCAGAGUCCGCAAUCUCUUCAAUGUGGUGGACUGCAAGCUGCACUGGCAGAAGCAGGGGGAUUACCUGUGCGUGAAGGUGGACAGGACUGCCAAGGGCACACUGGGCGUUGUUACCAACUUUGAGAUCUUCAGGAUGAGGGAGAAGCAGGUGCCUGUGGAUGUGGUGGAGAUGAAAGAGAGCAUCAUCGCCUUUGCCUGGGAGCCAAAUGGAAGCAAGUUUGCUGUGCUGCAUGGAGAAUCUCCACGAAUCAAUGCCUCUUUCUACCACGUGAACAACAACGGCAAAAUAGAACUGAUAAAAAUGUUUGAUAAACAGCAAGCAAACAGCAUUUUCUGGAGUCCGCAAGGGCAGUUCCUGGUGCUGGCCGGAUUGAGAAGUAUGAAUGGUGCCCUGGCUUUUGUCGACACAUCGGACUGUACAAUGAUGAACUUUGCAGAGCAUUACAUGGCGUCAGAUGUGGAGUGGGACCCGACAGGCCGAUAUGUGGUGACCUCAGUCUCCUGGUGGAGCCACAAGGUGGACAAUGCAUUCUGGCUUUGGACAUUCCAAGGGCGCCUCCUCCAAAAGAACAACAAGGAUAGGUUCUGCCAGCUGCUGUGGAGGCCACGCCCUGCCAUUUUGCUAAGCCAGGAGGAAAUCAAGCUCAUCAAGAAGGAUCUAAAGAAGUAUUCCAAGAUCUUUGAGCAGAAGGAUCGUUUGAGUCAGUCCAAGGCAUCCAAGGAAUUGGUUGACAAAAGACGUACCAUGAUGGAAGACUAUCACAAGUAUCGUGAGAACGCGAUACAGAUGUAUCAGGAACAGAGAACUCUUCGCCUGGAACUGAGAGGAGGUGUAGACACAGAUGAACUUGACAGCAAUGUUGAGGAUUGGGAAGAGGAGACCAUUGAAUUUUUCAUCAAUGAAGAAAUUAUUCCACUUGGAGAUUUGGAGUAAUCCCGAUAGCAGCCCAUUAGUCUUCAAAGAGGAGCUCUGGUGCAUUGAGCAGGGGAGAAAUCACCUGGAAUUGGUUUGUUUUAAUUGGGAAUACAGUAGCUCCAACUUCAACUGUGUUUGACAUCAGUCAUAUAUAGUGCCUUCUAAUAUUGGUCACUGCAGUGGGAGACUUUUGAGCUUCUGUUUUUGCUUUUUUGGCACUUUUAAAAUUUUAAUUCUUCCAUAAAUUAUAACAUCUUAACUUUGCAGCUGUUAUCCAUUGAUUUCCUUCCCCCCUACAGAUUUUAUUAGUUACUGGAGUUUUAAAUAAUUUAACACAAUGCCACAGUUUGCCAGAAACUAUUUUUACCUCCCUAAAUGGAAAGAACUAUGUUUUGUACAAAUAAUCAGAAGGGUUAACAAAACAAUGAGUGUGCUGAAACGGCACUACAAUGGGCUGUAUCCUCCUCCAUUCAGAUUACCUGAUAUUAAUGUGCUACAAGGUAAUGAAUAAAGUACUGAUACUAAUCUCCA